GUUGUUCGCCCCGCGGUGGCCCGCUGCCCCGGGCAUUGUUCGCUCCGGGCCGGGUCGCAGGUGGGAGGCGCGGAACGCCGGGGUUCUGCAGCCUGGCUGCGCGCCAGGCCGGCCGGCGGCCUUCGGUCCCGAGGUCACGGGGUGGCCGCGCCUGGGUCCCCGGCCGGGCGCGGGGCGCAGAGCGCUAGGCGCAGGGCGCAGGGCGCAGAGUGCAGGGCCCCGGCUCCGUCAUGGGCGCGCACAGCUCCCACGUCGCCCUCAUCCCCGACGUGGACGACAUCCGGCGGGACACUGGCUUCUCUCAGGCCAGCCUGCUCCGUCUCUACCACCGGUUUCGAGCCCUGGACAGGAACAAGAAGGGCUACCUGAGCCGCAUGGAUCUCCAGCAAAUUGGGGCGCUGGCGGUGAACCCCCUGGGGGAUCGCAUCAUCGACAGCUUCUUCCCCCAUGGGAGCCAGCGCAUGGACUUCCCAGGCUUUGUCAGGGUCCUCGCUCAUUUUCGCCCUAUAGAGAAUGAGGACCCAGGAACCCGAGAUCCCAAGCAACCCGAGCCCCUCAACAGCCGGAUGAACAAACUUCGAUUUGCCUUCCAGCUCUACGACUUGGAUGGAGAUGGGAAGAUCUCCAGGCAGGAGAUGCUACAGGUUCUCCGGCUGAUGGUUGGGGUCCAGGUGACAGAGGAACAACUGGAGAGCAUCACAGACCGCACGGUGCAGGAGGCCGAUGAGGAUGGGGAUGGGGCUGUGUCCUUCCUGGAGUUCACCAAGUCUUUGGAGAAAAUGAACAUUGAACAAAAGAUGAGCAUCCGGAUCCUGAAGUGACCUAUGGGCCUUGUCCUGGGUGCUGACCCGGAUCUGCUUGGGGUCCAUCUACAACCCCAUGGUGGCCAGGUCCCCUCAAAAAUACUCUCUGACUUCUCAAUUAAACUCUCUGGAGGGCCAUGGAGAGAAAAAAACCAGCGCGAAGGGCAGGCGUUCACGCGUCGCUCACUAGAUCUCAGAUCUGUCAGUCUGCCCACGUCAUCCUUUGCUUGUCAAGUGACUGAAAAAUCUAGCUGGAAUGGGCUGAAGUAUGAAGAGGGAUCUCAUGGGCUCCCAUCAUGAAGAAGUGUACAAGUAUUCAUCUUCAGGAACUGCUGGAUCCAGAGUACCGAAUGAUGUGAUUGGGUCUGAAUUGUCUCAGCUCUGGUCUCAGCUCAGCUCUCUUUGCUUUUGGCCUUUUUCUCUGAAGUUUUCUUCCCUGGUGGUAGCAAAUGGCCAUCAUAGCUUUAGGCUUACAUCCUCCAUGCUGUCAACCGGCGGGAAAAAGCUUCCUUAGUCCAAAGAUUCCAAAAGAAGAGCAUCACUGGGAAUGGAACAGUCUAUUGGUCAGGCCUAUGUCCUGCACUAAUCCCCAGACCUAGGAAGUGUGGUUUGCAGACUCAGGAUGGGGUCCUGGAGUGGCUUGAGAGGAAAUGAAAUACUGUUAUCAGAGGAAAUUAAAUACUGUUAUCAGGGAAGUGUGUGUGUGUGUGAUUUUUGCUCCAGCAAAGCACGAAAAUUAUUCAUUGGUUGAACAAAUGGAAGGACCCCUAAAACCUGGCCUCUUACAUGGGUUUUCGCUGAUUGUAGCUGUGUGGUGGACGUUGGUGGUCAGAGGGGAGAUGACAUAAAAACAAUAAACGAUGUAGGCCUUCCUAAGAGCAUGAAUGUAUCCAAAGUCCCAGGAAGUAGCCCUGGUGUGCUCACAGUAAGGGAUUUAAACAUCACACA